AUGUCAGUGGGAAAGGAAGAGGGAAAGUCCAAAACUCUCAUGGUCGAAAGCUACGGACUUCAUGGUGGCCACCACAUAAUCCUUGAAGGAUGCACAUUCCCUCCCAAAAAAGGAUCAUCGAUGGUGCAGUCGCUGGGCCCUAUGACCAUCCUUUUGUGUUACAUUUGGUGUGAGCCGCAGUACAGGGAUAAAUGGCUAGCUGCAGCAAAACGCACCUUUGCAUUCACACCAGACAUCGACCAGCUCUUGGCGGCGGAAAUACGAGAUCUAAUUCCUCGGGGAUAG